CUUCAUUCAGUCGAUGGCCCUCUACCAUGACACCAGGAAAGGCCUCCCUCAUUCUGGCGACUCUAACAGUAUCUGACCAUGGCCAGCCCCACCAUGGUCGUCCACAUAGCUAUCAUCACCUCCAUGCCCCAGCCCGGCCGCUGUGCCUGCCGCGGGUCCCGCCACAGCCCCGCGACUGGCCUCAUCACUCGACUCCUCCUCCGCCUCGUGCAGUGUCUCGUUCUCCAUGCCAGCCAGUGCAUCAGCUGAUGCACUGGGGGAGGCCUCCUCGCCCGGAAGACGCAGGUUGGGUGACGGCAGGGCCAGCUCCUCCAUCCCCACUGGCUCGUGCCCGUCAACCAGCUGGUCGGCGAAAGGCACUCCCACGCCGCCACUCGCCAGUGCUGCAUCGUCAUCAACGGCCGCUGCUGCUCCUACUGGUUGCGACGCAUCGGCAGCCGAUCGUCUGAGUGGCAUGGGUGCACCGAUGCAACCUUGCCGCCCGACUUUGCCGCCCUCCAUCUCCACUCGGUCGUCGUCGUCAUCCUCUUGCUCUUCCUCUUCCUCAUCUUCCUCUUCCUCCGACUCAUCGGCCUCCAGUCCACGAGCUGCAUCCAGCCUUGAGCCAGGAAGACGCUUGCCGCUGACCCCACCGCGCCGCCUGCGGUACAGAUCGCUGCUACUGCUGCUGCGGCUGAUGGAACUGCCGCUGGGGGACGAGUCGGAGGGACUCAUCACCAUGCCGCCAGCAGCAGCAGACGCAGACGCACCAGAGGAAAACCGCACACGCUUCGGUGGAUGGUCAACUCUGUCGUCACUCGGGAUGCCCUACACGCAAAGAUUGCACGAAAUGAACAGGACGUGACCUCAGCUGAUUCUCUGCAGCUCUUAUACACCAUUUUGUUUGCUCCCCUGCGGCGUGAGGGCGUGUCGACAGCAUGGUCGGCCACACAGCGAUGAAGGGGAAGACGACGAUGGUGGUGCCGGUGAUAGCCGUCGAACGGUACCAGACGCAGCAGACCCGACGACGCACCUGCACACACCAUCCACACAGACACUCACAAGAAGCCUAUGAAUGCUCUCCAUCUUCUCCAUGCCGCCCUUACUCGGUGAGCCGGCCCUUGUGGUGCGUGGACUCAGGCAAGCCUGAUGAGGCGAUGACCGCGCAAAGAGGUAGUUCCCACAGUGGCCACAGAAGCUCAGCUUGGGUGUCGUUCGUCGACAGUGCCAGCAUGUGGUGAGCUGCCGCAGCAGCGAUUCAGGCCGGGUUGAGGGCGAGUGAGGGGAAGGCGGAGCCCUCACACGGGCAGCACGGCGAAAGGAUGGCGUGGCGGGCUCCUUGAUGUCAGCCUCGGGAACGGCAGCUGCUUUUUCAGACGCGGCCCGUGGGACAUCCUCGCGUGAUGCCAUCUGCCCGGGUGUUCUGCGAGACGACGGGUAGCCGAACCGAAAUGGCCCUCUGAGACCCACCACCUACACGAGUUGUUGCAAACCGGACCGAAGCGACAAGGAAGGUUAAACCUUCAGGAGGUGCGUACCGAAAAGAAAAGAUGAUAGAGACUGAUGCGGGUGUAGUAAGGGAAAAAAGCCUGUCGAUUGCCUGUAGAUAUCUUUCUGUGAGCUAUCAAGGCAUCUGGGGACGAUCAAUGGCCUGUGUUCUUGUCUCUCCUGCAGAUCUGAGCACCAAUACCGAAGAACAUCAUCUCAUUACGGUCUUUCCCUGGCGCUUGUCCAACCGGGACCUACCUGAGAUCCGACGUGAGAUCCGCACCGAACCGAAAGCCCUUGUGAGUGUGACCGAAAGGGUUGGUUGGUUAUUGUGUUCAACGAGACUCGUGUCUGUAACCCCGAGGGGAUCCUGUCCAGGUCACGCACUAAACUAGCAGCAUGCACAUGCAUAGAAGCAUGCACACGGCCUGUCUCCCCAUCCCACCCACCCAUUCACUCGACACGCACGUGCCACCCUAUGAUGGUCAGAAAAUCGCUGUCGACAACGGUUGCAGGUAUAUGAGAAUGACAGCCAGACAUAGGCAAGACACCCAGAGGCUAGUCAGAGAGCUCGACGUCGAGCGCCCACUGAUCUAAGACAUGCUGUUCGUACAGCAGCUCGUCGUCUUCCCCUGCCUGACUGUCUGGCAAGAAUGGGUUGAGGGCAAGCCACUCAGUGCGUGUCGCCUGUGCUGACAGAAGAAAGUCGGCCGCUGCAGAAAGCACCGGCAGUUUGUCCGAUUGCAGCACACAAUAAGUGAACACAAUUGGAUGUGACCUGCGCCACAGACGAUAACUAGAGGCAUCAGGGGCAGUCACGCCAUGCCGGCCAACAAUUGUGUGCAGAGUGUCCCGCAGAGAGCGAAAGGGUGAAUGGUCACCUAGGUUGGUUGGUUAUUGUGUUUAACGAGACUCGUGUCUGUAGCCCCGAGGGGAUCCUGUCCAGGUCACGCACUAAACUAGCAGUUUUCGCAUGCACACCUAGGU